AUGGCGGAGGGUGCCGGAGGGGUUGCGAGGGCUGCUCGCUCAUUGCGUCAGAGACGGUUGCAGCUGCUUGAAACAAAGUUACAGCAGAAAUGCAAGAAUACAACAGAGGAGUUAGGUGCUAUCUUCUUUGAAUGGGAAAGCAGUGUAAUUAAUGAUAGACUUUGUAAAGUGUGUGAACGAGGCCAGUUGAAUAACUUAGUUCAGAGAGUGGCAGGCAUUGGCAUUUCAAUUGACAAAGAACAUAAAGGAAUUAGAAGUGAAAUUCAUGAAGGGUUUGAACAAAUAGAGCAAUUUGCUGGGAACAGGAAAGAUGAAUUGUUAAAAGAGCUAGAAUUCAUAGUUCAAGAAUAUCUUGUUGCAAUUGGUAAAAUACAAAAAAUACUUGAAGAGAAGAUCUGUGCUUUAGAUUCUGCCAUGCAAAACGAAGUGAAGACCAAACAUGAAUUUCUCUCAUGUAGACUGCAAAACAAAAAGGGAAUUGAAAAUUUGAAAAGCUUGGACCAAGCAAAAAAUAUGGUUGAAAUGCUAGAAUCUAGAAUUGGUCUCAGGUUUCAAUUCCAGCCUGCACCUUUAAUAAUGUCUCUUGAAAACUUAGGAAAAGUUGAAACGGGAACAGAAAAGUCUCCUGCUUCACAGACAGAAAAUGGUGUUAUUGAAAAAAUUGUAAGACAACCCUGUCAACUUGGAGAAGGACAAGAUCUUGCAAGUUACAAAAAUGAAGCGUCUGAAAUAAAGAUGGAUUCUGUAAUGGACUGCAAUGUGAAUGAACGAGUCAUAGUUGUUUCUCAGAUGGUAAAUGGUGAUUCUGUGAUGGGCUGUAAUGUGAAUGAAUUAGGCAUGUUUUUGCCUCAGCUGGAAAAUGGCUCAAUAUUCGAGGAAAAAUCUUUAUUACACAAUCAAAGCCAAUUAUGCCUUACAAGAGGUACAGACGUUGAAGAAAAAUUUGAAGAUUACACGCCAAGUUUUCAGGGAUUGGUUUCAGUCAGUCAUGUGGUAAAUCCAUGUCACUUCUAUGUGCAAAAAUCUUCAGAGAAAAAGAUGGCUGCUCUUUUGGCUGCAGAAGCUGACAACCUCUACAGUCGUAUGGAUAUGAAAAUAUGCCCCACAGCUGUUCUGGAACUCGGUGAAAGAAUUAUUGUUAAAAGUGAUAUUUUUCAUGCAUGGCGCAGAGGAACUAUCACAAAACUAGUUCCAUCAGGAGAGAAAAAAAAAUUUGAUAAUUCUACAAAUUACAAAAUAACUGACCUUGUAAUGAUCCAAGUGUUUUUAUUGGACUUUGGACACACGGAAAUCCUUUUACUUCUGGGGGCUGACAGUCCUGUGAAGAAGUUGGAGGAUGGUGAGCAUGUUUGCAUAUACGUCAGUGACUUCAGCAUGCACGUACAAAAAUUAAACCCUCAGCUGAAAGGACCAUUAAGUAAUAUACCUCCAUUAGCAAUCAAAUGCUCAUUGAAAGAUAUUGUGCCUGCAAAUCUUAGUAACAUUUGGAAUGUGGAAGUUAAGAAUCAGUUUACUCGAAUUGUGUAUAAUAAGACUGUACAGAUGAUUGUUUUGGGAGAGGAUGGAGACAGACUACUCGUGGAUUUGAAAAAGCCUCCUCUGGAUAAUAUGGAGAAUGAUUUUCCUGUAUCGUUGAGGGAUGCUCUGGUAUUCUUAAAACUGGCCUGGUUUGUUAGUGAAUGUUCUGUUACAUCAACAUUGGAAACCAACCAGUUAUCAAUGCAGUAUUGUCCACCAGUUAUACCACACUUCUUAAAAGAGAUUCCGAUAAUGGUAACUCAUGUCAAUAGUCCACUGGAUUUCUACAUUCAGUUGGUGGAUAAUGAGGAUCUUCUCACUCUUACAAAAAACAUGGUUGAAUUCUACAAUAGAAAAGAUGUUAAUUUGGAGAUAUUGUGCCCAGUAGUAGGAGAAGCAUAUGCAGCUCUAUUUGAUGAUGGAGGCUGGUACAGAUGUCAGAUUAGUGGAUUGCCUGGACCUAGAGAAGUUGAUGUCAUAUAUGUAGAUUAUGGCAACACUGUGAGAAUACCAGUGACAAAAAUACGAAAAUUAAAACAGAACUUCCUGACUUUACCGAUACAGGCUUUGCACUGUAGGCUGUCUAAUGUUGAACCUGUCAAUACCACAGAAGGUUGGAAUGAUAGUGCGAAAGAAAGAUUUAAACAUCUGACACUGAACAAGUGCAUGUGGUGUAUAAUUUAUGAGUCUAUAGGAAACACGUUAUCAGUUUACUUAUUUGAUUCAACAAUGCAAGCCGAUGAAAUCAAAUGCUGUAUAAACAAUAUCUUGGUUGAAGAAAACCUGGCAAGCUUUGUAAAAAACUGUUCCACAGAUACUGUUGAAGCGCAUAGUAACAGCAAUCUGAAUUUCAAACAAAUACAUGAACGUAAAGAACUAGAUGUUUGCCAGGAUGUCAUGAAAUCUCAGCUGUUUGAAGGGACAGAUUUGCUGGUGAAAGGACCAAGUAACAGUAUUCCUGAUUUGGGUCAGCGUGUUGAUGUGAAGGUCACGUUUGUGGCAUCUCCCAGCAGCAUAUUUGUUCAAACAGUACGGUCUCAGCAUCUACUGAAAGAUUUGCAGAAGGAAAUGAAAGAUGUGUAUUCAUCAUCUGAACCUGAUACAGUUGAGUGGGAGGAAAAUAGGGACUGUGUGCUCUUGAUUUCUGAAACCAAAGAGUGGCGAAGGGCAAAAGUCACCAGGGUGAUUUCAGACAAGAUGGUGGAGGUGUUCUGCUAUGACUUUGGGAAUAAAGAAAUGGUAAACAGAUGCGAGUUAAAGCAGCUAAAAGAAGAAUUUCAGUUUGAACCUCUGGCACUUGAAUGUUGUUUAUCAUCCAUAAGACCAGCUGGAGGGAGCUUAAAGUGGGCAGCGACAUCAUGUGAUUUCUUGGAAGAUACUUUGAUUGGAAGUUCAGUUCUUAUCAAAAUCGAGGAAUCUUCUUCCAAGUCGCCUCUACCGGUGAAGCUGUAUAGAAAGGAUGAAAUUGGACAGUUCAUCAAUGUAGCACAGUACUUGAUCAAGAAAGGCCUGGCCUUGCCUCAGAAAAUAGAGAUACAGAAUGGGCUGAAGCAAAACGACAAGCAUGAAGCAAUGGACCCAGCACCUGAGUAUUUGGCACUCAAUCGUGAAUAUUGCCAAUCCAAAAAAGUGUACAAAUCACCUAUUAUACCCAAUGUGAAUGUUUUCAAUGUUGAAGUAACUGGUAUUGGUGAUGAUGGAACCAUCUAUGGGAUGCCAGUAUCACUCAAAGAUCAAUUCACCAUGUUGACUAGUGCUAUGCAGACUAGUUUUAAAGCUUUACCAUUUCUGAAGCCAUAUUGCUACAGCAAAGGUGAAGGCUGUAUUGUUAAGGGCUGUGAUACACUCUGGUAUAGAGGAAGGAUUUUGAAAGUGCUCGGGGGAUCUGUCAAGGUGCACUAUGUUGACCGUGGAUAUUCUGAAACAAUCCCACAGUGCCAUGUUUAUCCUGUGCUUAUGUACCAUGAUAUUCCAGAGCUUUGCCUACCGUUUCAGCUUUAUGGAGUGACACCGGUAGGAAACAACUGGCAGGACGAUGCUAUUGAUACUUUGGUAGAAUUACUUGUACAAAGAAUACUAGAGGUGGAAAUCAUGGAAUCUUCAAGAAAUAGCACACCAGUGCUAUCAGUUGAUCUUCGCUUGGACGGAAUGUCUGUUUCCUCCUUCAUGAUUCAUUAUAACCAUGCUGUUCAAACUAAAAAAGCUGCUUUAACAUUAAAGAAAGAUUCAUCUGGUUUAAAUAAUGAAAAUAUUUCUGAAGAGAACUGGGAUUUGACAUUUAAAGGUUUACUCUCCUCACAGUUUGAAACAAAUAUGUUACCUGAAUAUGAUUAUCCACAAUUGCCAUUGCCUGGAAAGAUUUUCCCAGUAACUGUAAAGCACAUAGAAACUCCCAUUCAGGUGUAUAUCUCUCUUGAUGCAAGGAAGGACGUUGGAUCAUAUAGUGAUACUGAUGAUAGUGGCAUAAACUCUGAAUCCAAAGAUGAACUUGAGCAAUCUCUGAGAGAGCUUAAUCCAAAUGCAGAAGCACUUCCUUUACUCACAGAUUUCAGAUCAGAAAUGCCUUGCCUUGCUGAAUAUAGCGAUGGACGAUGGUACAGAGCAAAAGUACUAUCCGUAGAUAAACUUCAUCCAUUGAUGAUUCUUGUACAGCAUGUUGACUUUGGCUCCACUGCUUUGCUUCCACAUACUAGGCUUCGCCAGAUCCCUGCACACUUGGUGAAGCAUCCUGCGCAGGCCGUCAAAGUAAAGUUGGCAGGAUUUAAACCGCCAGCUAUAAUGAAUGAUGAGGACCGACUUCCUUAUAGCCCAGAGUGGUCCAUGCAAGCUGUAUGGAUAAUGGUUGACAUAGUAAAGAGGAAUCAACUUACAGCAUUCUUGGUGAGUUUACAUCCAGAAGUCUCAGUAUUCUUGUAUGAAGAAGGAUCUUUGAUUCAUCUUUCUCUUCUGGAAAGGGGUUUGGCAGACUUAGAUAUGUACCAACACGAUACUGAACAGAUUUGAAACUACUGUCAACAACCUGCAGUUUGACUGUUCUAUUUUUUUGAUAACUUUGUUAAUUGUAAACUCUUUUUGGUUGAAGCUAAAUUGAUAUCAAACUUCUGAAAUGUUGCUGAGUAUGUCUAUAUGUUCCUUUAAGUGUUGAAACUUAUCUAAAUCUGCAAAUUAUUCAUGGUAGAUUGACUAAAUUUGCCUUUUGUUUAUGAUUGGCAAGUGUUACAUUGAUAACAUUUUGCUUAGAAUACUACUACAAAAUUAUCAAAAUAUUGCUGAAAGCUUUCAGUUGUAAAUUUUUGUGUUUCUAUCAGUUUUGACGGAAGUGUAUCUUUCCAAUAAAAUUUUGUUUCCUGAAGGAUUAUAACAGUAUUUUAUCUUUCAUGCUGAAUUUGUUUCUAAAUCAGACCUUUGGGUAUGUCCCAAA